AUGGCAACCGCUGGAGACCCUGAUAUCCUCUCCGAUUUUAUAGUACCCCCAAAUGUAACCAACGUUGAUGGGAGUUUCUUCACUUUCACUGGCUUGCGUACCCUUGUUACGGGAGGCCAGCCAAUCACUAACUUCAACGUCUCGAAAGUAAGCUUGGCUCAGUUCCCAGCUCUCAACGGGCAGAGUGUUUCCUAUGCUGUCCUUGAAUACGCGGCCGGCACCCCUAGCCCACCCCAUACUCAUCCUCGUGCUUCUGAGCUCCUUUUCUUGAUUCGAGGUACCCUUCAAGUCGGGUUUGUUGAUACGACCAACAAGCUCUUUACUCAGACACUACAAACAGGUGAUAUGUUUGUGUUUCCUAAGGGACUUGUGCACGGCCAAAGCAGCUAUGACCUGUCCUGA